AUGACUAUCCAAGCAGAUUCUUUUCCAAUUGGGUAUUUUUAUAUCAUCUCUAAAAUGAAUGGUUUAGUCCUGGAUAUUGACACAAGUGAAAAUAAAAAAAUAGAGCCUGGAACAAAGCUUAUUACGGCACCAAAGAAAGACGAUAAACCUGAAAGAGAUUCACAACUCUGGAUACAUCAAAACGGUUUCUUGACUAAUAAAGCUGUUGGUUUAGUCAUGGAUAUUGGAAAAUCAGAAAAGUUUAUAGAUAUCUUUACUGGGCACGAACAUCUCUAUGUAGAUGUGAUGAAACAUGAAGACAAAGCAAAUGACCAACGCUUUGGGUAUUCAAGUGAAUAUGGGCAUAUUUAUACUCUUUGUGAUGCUGAGCAAGUAGUUGAUAUUCGCAAAAAGGAAAUGGAAGCUGGAGCAACGAUUAUGAUCUAUAAACGAGCUCAGAUAGUAGAAGACGGUAUGAAUCAACUUUGGGACCUUCAACUUGCUGACCCUCCCAAGGUAUUCGAUUCCUCUGAUGAUGAAGAAGAUGAUGGUAAACGUGCUCGCUUAACAGCUUGGUUUGGUAAUUGGUUUGGCUGGGGAGAUGAUGAAAAGAAUGAUGUUUUAAAGGAGAAGGAGUUAAGAAAGGCUCAUGAAAAGGUGUAUGAAAAGAAAAAAUCUCAUCUAAGUUAUGAAGUGAUUGCUGGUGCUGUCGCUGUUCAAGCAGUCAAAAUGUAUAUGGAACAACAAGAGGCAAAUGGUGAAAAUGUUCAUUUUAAAGGUGCUAAAGAAGCUAUUGCUGCUUAUGCAGCCAAAGAAAUGGUAAAGAUGUUUAUGGAACGUGGCACUGACGAUAACGAUGAUGAUGAUGACGAAGAGCAAAAGGAAAAGAAGCAAACUUUACUUCAAAAGAUGGCACAAUCUGCUGCUAUUAAUUAUUUCGAAACUAAAUGCAAAUAA